ACGAUUAAAGGUUUCACAUUAUCAUUCAUUGCACUUUUCUUCAAAAUACAUUUUGAAUCCCCAUACAUUACAUUUAAAACAUUCCUCGAACCUGCAUUUCUCUCUAAGUCAAAACUAUAUAAGACCGGAUCAAAAUCUCCCUACAAACCCCACACCUCGUCCAUAAUUAAUUACUCCUAAUUAAGCAAAAAAGAAGAAAUCAAAUGGGAGUAGCAAAUAAGCCCCACGCAAUGGUGGCCGUCCUGGCACUGGCACUGGCGCUCUCGGGCACCAGCGCCAGCGGACAGUCGGCCACCGUCGAGAUCUACAACGACUACGGGAAGCACGUGUCGCUGGACUGCCUGAACGGCGGGAUCGGGGAGCUGGACCAGGGCCAGAGCUAUUCAUUUGAAGUCGAUAACGGGAAGAUCAAAGACGGGAACGCGUAUCUGUGCGAGGUCGACGACGGUCCGGCCAAUUACAUCCAAGCCCGGGGAUUCGACGGAGCCAGAGACAAGGAUCAUUUGAAGAAACUCAACUCGUUGAUGGUCGUGAUGAUGCUGGCACUCAUGGCAUUGGCUCUCUCUGGUGCCAAUGCCCGCGCAUCAUCAUCACGGCUGUCGUCAGGAUUAGCCGCCCCGGUCAUUGAGUUUGACAACGAUUACGGGAAUCAGGUGACUCUUGAAUGUGGAUUAUCCUCAAGGAUUAAGGACGUGGAACUCGCCCUGGGACAGAGCUAUUCGAUUAAGGUCAACGUGAAAAACAAACACAUGGAUGAUUAUGAUUGUACGCUUAGCGACGAUUCCAAUUCCGUAUACGUGGAAGGGCAAGCAUAUGAUGCUCUGAGGGACAAAGGUCGUAUGAACAUGUAUUGGAAGGUCGACACGGUUGGGUUGUACCGCAGUUAUGAUAAACUUCACUGGGUUUUGGAAGAGAAAUGGUCCAGCGUUGACUGAUUUCUUCUUUAAUUUGGUUUUUGUUGGCCUAAUUUGUUUGUGCUCCAAUGAUUAAUUAAUAAGUGUUGUACGG